CUAGUUUCUUUGGGAGUAUCGGGCGAUCUAUUUUCUGAUUUUGAACACCAGAUAGAGAUAUUCUUCUCCUUUCAUACAUCCUCAUGCUGUCGUUACCUUCGACUUCUUCGCCCAUUUCUAGAAAGAAAUAUGAUGUUUUCUUGAGUUUUAGAGGUGAAGAUACUCGCAAGAACUUCACGGGUCAUCUGUAUGAUGCUCUAAAGAGUAGUGGGAUCGUCACCUUCAGGGAUGAUCCAAAGCUGGAGGCUGGCGAAGAGAUCGCACCCGAACUCUCCAAAGCAAUUCAGCAAUCAUGGUGCUCGGUAAUUAUUUUCUCAAAAACCUAUGCCUUUUCAGGAUGGUGCUUGGAGGAGCUUGCUGAGAUUGUUCAACAAAAAAAUGCUAACGGACAUAAAGUAUUUCCAAUUUUCUACCAUGUGGAUCCAUCCGAUUUAAGAAACCAAAAAGAAAAAGUAGAAGAAGCCUUUGCCAAACAUGAAGAGAGGUACAAGGAAGAUAAAGACAAGAUCCAAAAGUGGCGAAAUGCUUUGACUGAAGUAGCUAAGAUCAAAGGAUGGCAUUUACAUAAUGGGAAUGAACCAGAGUUUAUCGGAGACAUUGUUAGGAAGAUAUCAGCCAAAUUAUGUGAGACAUAUCCAAUUGUUCAUGAUGAAUUGGUUGGAAUUAGCUUACCUUUGAAGGAGUUGUAUUCGAAAAUAAACAUUGGGGAAGAUGAUGUCCGCAUUAUAGGAAUUUGCGGAAUGGGUGGCAUCGGUAAAACAACUCUUGCGAGGGUUGUUUACACUCAAAUGUCACCUCAUUUUGAAGGCAAAAGCUUUCUUGCUGAUAUUCGAGAAGUUUCAAACAAAUGUGGACUUGUUUCUUUACAGAAACAACUUCUUUCUCAAAUCUUGCCAAAUGAAUGCUUCAAUUUUUUCAAUGUUCAUGAAGGGAAUGCCAUAAUUAGCCGCAGGUUGUCUAGUGAAAAGGUUCUUGUUGUUCUUGAUGAUGUUGAUAAUGUACAACACUUGAAAUGCUUGGUUGGAAGGCGUGAUUGGUUUGGUUUAGGGAGUCGAAUCAUUGUAACAACAAGAGAUGAACAUUUACUCCGAUCUUACGGAGUCGAUGGUGUGUAUAAGCCUAAAACAUUGAAUCCAGACGAUGCACUUAGACUUUUCAAUUUGAAAGCUUUUCAUAGUGAUACAGUGCCAAAAGAUGAUUUCAUUGAGCUUUCUGAACAUGUUGUAUGUUAUGCUGGUGGUCUCCCCUUAGCUCUUGAAGUUUUGGGUUCAUUUUUGUGCGAUAGAGAUAUAGUUCAAUGGAGAAGUGCAAUCGAAAGACUUAAAGAAGAUUCUAACAAAGAAAUUCUUAACACGCUAAGAAUUAGCUUUGAUGGAUUGGAAGAAAAGGAGAAGAAUAUAUUUCUAGAUAUAGCAUGCUUUUUCAAUGGUGAGAAGAGAGAUUUGGUAAUGAAAGUAUUGGAUGGUUGUGAGUUUUUUCCAGAUAUUGGAAUCGAUAUUCUCAUUAAGAAAUCUCUCAUAAAAGUUAGUGAUGACAACCAACAUUUGCGGAUGCAUGCCUUGUUGCAAGAAAUGGGAAGAAAAAUUGUUGAAGAAAAAUGUGUUGAUGAACCUGGAAAACGUUGUAGAUUGUGGAAAGAAAGGGAUGUCCAUCAUGUCCUAACAAAAAACACGGCUACCGAAGUGAUUGAAGGUAUGAUCAUCGACAAUAAAAGGGAAUCGAGCAAGAUGCUCAAUUUGAGUGUCGAUACCUUCUCAAAGAUGAAAAACUUGAGAAUGCUCAAAGUGCUUUGCCUAUCAAAUUGUGAUGAUCUCAAAUAUCUUUCUAAUAAACUACGGCUUUUAGAAUGGACAGGAUAUCCUUUAAGAUGCUUGCCUUCAAGCUUCCAACCAGACAACCUUGUUGCACUUCUUUUACCAUAUAGUCACAUUAAACAACUAUGGAAGGGAAAUAGACCCUUGUAUAAGUUGAAAAUAAUGAACCUCAAAGGUUCCCAAGACCUGAUCAAGACACCAGACUUCACAACAGCAUCAAAUCUUGAAGUUUUAAUUUUGGAAGGCUGUACCAAAUUAGUGGAUGUUCAUCCAUCAAUAGGAGUGCUUAAGAGCCUUAAACAUUUGAAUUUAAGAGAUUGCAAAAGUCUUAGGAGUCUUCCGGGAAAAAUUAGAAUGGAAUCUCUUGAAACUUUAAUUUUUUCGGGUUGCUCAAGUCUUGUAAGGUUUCCGGAGAUUGAUGGGAAAAUGGAACGUAUAAAAACUCUAGAGCUUUCUGGUUGUUAUAGAGUUGAAAAUUUCUCGGAGAAUUUGCAGCAAGCAAAGUUGCGACCAAAUUUGUCUUCUCUUUUCAAGGUAAUCCAAGAAAGAAGGACAACUCCCAUGGCUCCAAUGUUGCCUUUGUUGUCAGGUUUGAGUUCAUUAAGACGGCUAAGUCUAAGGGACUGCAAUCUUUGUGAAGGAGAUAUUCCACGUGAUAUUUCUGGUCUGUCCUCUUUGAAACAUCUUGAUCUUCGUGGUAACAAUUUCAUCAGCAUACCUGCAUCUCUUACUGGACUCUCGAAGCUUGGGUUUCUUGACUUGUCAAAUUGCAACAUGUGCACUCUUGGUGAAUCAGAUAUUCAUAGUUAUAUUUCUGGUCUAUCCUCUUUGGUACAUCUUGGUCUUAGUGGUAACAAUUUCAUCAGCAUACCUUCAUCUCUUACUCGACUAUCCGAGCUUCAGUUUCUUGGACUGUCAUAUUGCAAGAUGCUUAAAUCGUUGCCUGAGAUACCGACAAGGUUAGGACACGUGUGUCUAGAUGGUUGUUCUUCACUUGAAGUAUGCAAUUUAGUGGAUUCGGCUGCCGUUAGAGCCAUUAACUGCUUCAAAUUGGCUGAGAAUAUCAAUGCAUUAACACUACGUGAAGUAUGCAAUUUAAUAGGUUCGGGUGCCUUUAGAGCCAUUAACUGCUUCAAAUUGGCCGAGAAUAUGAAUGCAUUAACAGUGCUGAAAAACAGCUUAAGGCAUUCGCAAAUUCAAGAAAAAGUUUGAUAUUAUUAUGCCCGGAAGUGAAAUCCCAGAAUGGUUUAGCCAACAAACAAGUGCCAUUUCAAUUAACAUACCCCUGCCUAUCAACCUUCAGAAAGAUAGUCAAUGGAUUGGAGUUGCUUGCUGCUGCAUUUUUGUCAGUAAUGAUGCUUCAAGGGAUGACGAAUAUAUCGGUUGUGGAGCAUAUAUCUAUUGUAGAAAUUCUGAACAAGCCAGCUGUAAUGGAUCUAUCUUUCGAGGUAGAAAUUAUCGACGGAUUGAUUGGAGAGGCUGGGGGCUGUGUGAACCAAUAAUGAAAGAUCACCUUUUACUUCGUUAUUGGUCGCGUGAUACAAUAUAUCCUUCCUUGGAGGAUAAAUAUGACGACUGUGAAACCACUAAUUUAUGGACAACACAUUGCUUAGAUAAAAAAUGCGAUGAGCUUGAGGUGUCUUUCAUGGGAUGCAGUGGUAAAGUGAAGAAGUGUGGCUUUAGAAUAGUGUAUGAGAAAGAUUUGGAAGAGAUAAAAGAGUUGCAGUGCCGUACCACUCAAUCUUCUCCAAAUUUUGAACACAUCCACCAACACUCUGCUCACAACCAUGGAUCAGUAGGUAGCACUUCUCACAUAAAAUAGAAACCUAAUAUCUACGAUGAAGAGGAGGAAGAAGGGCCGCAACCAAAACGGAUGCAACUUUUUUUCAAUUUUUUAUAAUUGGCCAAUCCGGGAAGACGCAUUAACUAUGACCAAUAGAAGCAUGAAAGUCUGCUCAAAGGAUCAUGCAAGUGAGGGACCAACAAAAGUCAUCAAGUUGGAAUGGAAGCGGACACUUAAGCAAUUAUAGGCUCGGACGAAUUUAGGGAAUUAGCAAAAUAUAAUUAGUUGUUUUUAUCAUGUAAUGUAAUGUAAAUUAUACAUAUUGAAAUGAACGUUGUUUUUAAAAUGUAAAUUCAAAUAGUAAUUUAAUUGUAAUGUAAAUAAAACCUUUAAAAUUAGGCAUAAUGAUAAAAAAAAGUUCUUAGUGUUUAUAAAA